AUGCGGCAGGUUGCCAUCCAUCACAACUGCCCAGCCCCAGCCAACCAGCGGAUUCAGAACCAGAAACUACUUGCUGUAAGUCUCUUCAUGGCUGGAUUGAGGCUGCAGCCCUGCUCUUUGUGGCAGGGUCGAGCUCUGGCUCUGCUCCACUUGGUCUGUCUUCUCUCCCCAGCCACAGGUGCUCUUCCUUGGGAUAACAUAGUUGGCUUAUCCCCUCUGGAGCAGUUUGAGGUGGUGAAGGGGAAUUUUUCUCGGACUUUCCUUCGCGUGGGCUACCAUAAGAUUGCAGAGAUUCCUGCAGGAGCACGCAACAUCAGCAUCCAAGAGACCAAAAAGAGCCAAAAUUAUCUGGCUCUGCAGAGCCAACAUGGCGUCUCCAUCAUCAAUGGAAAUUGGGUGAUUGAUAGACCUGGGAUCUACACUGCUCUGGGAACACAUCUGACAUAUCGAAGACCCAAUGAGAUCCGCUCUCGGAAUGGAGAGUCCAUCACUGCACCAGGGCCACUGACUGAGGACCUGCAUGUUUAUCUGAUUUACCAACAACCAUAUCCUAGUGUACAAUAUGAAUACAGCAUACCUUUAAUAAACCCAUACCUACUUCCUGAGCCAGGCACACCUUCUGCUGCUCUGCCCCUGGUAGAUCUAUCCUACCUAGAUGACGACAGCAAAGAAAGCAUCAUUAAGGAGGAACCGCAUUACAACCAAGUUCCCUCUGAGCCUAGUAUGAACUCUGACUCUCAGGCCACCUACAUCUGGACAAAAACUGGGCACACUGAGUGCAGCACAACCUGUGGCACUGGCAAGCGUCAGGUGGUCUGGGAAUGUGUUAAGAAGGAUUCCCAGACGGCUGUUCCUGCUGACUUUUGUCAUCCUGCCAUUGAAACAACAAACUGGGAAGAAGACUGCAACACUCAAUCCUGUCCUGCAUACUGGGAUGUAGGGGAGUGGUCAGAGUGCAGCAGAAGGUGCGGACCUGGAACCCAGAAUCGCCAGGUCAUCUGCCGUCAAGUCACCCAUGUUCAUGCCAGUGGGACAGAAACUUCAGUUACUGUGACACCGGAGCUGUGCGGUUCAUCUGAUAUGCCAGUGACCCAGUCUACAUGCCAGCUGAAGAUCUGCAGUCAAUGGGAGAUAAGAUCAGAGUGGAGCCCUUGUUCAGUGCCAUGUGGAGUCGGCCAACGCACCAGGGAGGUGAUGUGUGUGAGCAACCAGGGCGAUGUGGAUGACGAUGAGGAGUGUAACAUGAACUUAAAACCAGACACUAUACAAAACUGUGACAUGGGACUUUGUGCACGCAGCUGGUUCAUCUCUCUCUGGAGCCAGCGGUGCUCUGCAGAGUGUGGUAGAGGCAAUCGAACCAGAUCUGUAGUAUGCCUGAUGGAUCAUGUGACAAAUCUCCCUUUGGAUAGCUGUGAAGGGGAACGCCCACCAGAAGUGACAUCGUGUGAUUCGGGCCCAUGUCGAAAUCAGCUGGAAUGGUAUACAGGACCUUGGGGUCAGUGUUCUGCAGAGUGCGGGAAUGGCACACAGACCCGAAGUGUGGCUUGCAUUUUCAACAGUGAUGGUCAAAUGGAAGUUGUGGACCAGUUAAAAUGUUCCAGUCUUUCUAAGCCAAUCACAGCGCAGCCCUGCAGACUGAAGCCAUGUGGUGUCCAGUGGUAUGUUACGGAGUGGAGUGCGUGUUCACGGUCCUGCAACACUGGCUUCCGUGUGCGUGAGGUGCGUUGUCUCGCUGACAACAUUGUCCCAAGCGACCGCUGUGAUCCCAACUUAAUCCCAGAGAAUCAAGAAGAAUGCAACAAACAACCCUGUCUAGCUGAAACCGAUCCAUUAUGCAGUGACAAGUAUCAUAACUGCAUGGUGGUGGUUCAAGCCAGACUCUGUAUUUACUCAUACUACAGAAGUGUCUGCUGCGCGUCCUGCUCUCGUGCCCAGAAAACACAAACCAACUCAUUUCAAAACAAUUAUGUACGCAGGUGAUGCUUCAGGGAAACUCAAGAAACAGACAGCUCUGCGAUGAUGCCGUCAACUUAUUGACGCAUGCUUUAAUAUGGGAAUGCCUGAAACCUUUUUUAACCGACAUGACAACAUGCACACAAACUCACGUGCGCUUUCACUGGAAGUUCACAAUGUCUAAAUCUGCAUUCCUAGUGUAACUUUAAGGUGAGCUGGUCACAUUCAGAUUGGUC